GUUUGGAACCAAGUUCAACCAACUCCUUAGUGUUUUACCGAAGGAACAAAGAAGAAGAUUGCCAGAGUGACAGUUUCUUGUUUACAAUUGAAUAUCGCCAUCUAGGAACUGAAUAUUAUACUAACAAACAGACCUCCCAAAUUUGAAAGUGCUUUCGCUGACCGAAUUUUAAAUGUGUUUUUAUAUGUUUAUUAUAGAUAACGAAAAUAGUUUGUAAGUAGUAUGGCAACAGCUGCCGUUGAUUCAGAUGUUGAAAGGAAUGGUGACCAAGAUGGAGACGGAGGCUCCACUAAUCCAACCCAGGACGAUAAAUUUGAAGGUAACCCAUCUGAAGAAACUGAAAAAAGAAAUCCAUCCACAAUUCCAAGAAGGCGAACUGAGAGAACUGUCAGGAUCACGGAAACAACUGAGCAGCUACAGGGUUUGGAUGAGUUGACAUUAUGCAUUAAUAGUGUGGAUGAUCAUGUUCAGGCUGGCUUGCAAGAACUCCGGAAUUGUGUUGCCAAUCUCCGGAAGGAGAGAACUGAAGUCCAUGAAAGAGUGGGCGGGGGGGGGACUUUAACAGAAGAAGUGCAUCAGAUGUCUGUGGAAAAAGACCAUUAUCAGCUGGCUGUAGAAGAGCUGCAACGGGAAGUAACUGUUCUGAGAGAGCAGUUAUGUAAUCAACAGCAGGAGCGAGAAGCUUUAUAUAAUAAACUGAGGGAUAUGGAAGAGAAGAAUGAGGAACACCUGAUUACUAUUGCAGGAAAGCAGCGGUCUCAGAGAGUAGCCCACAGGGCCUUUUCACGUUGGAGGAGGAAAAUCUUUAACAGGAAAAUGGAAUGUAGGGAACGAAUCCUCCUAUUGGAAGAGGAGAACAAAGACUUACGUGCUGAAUUACUGUUAUGUCAAGAAGCAGCCAAACAAGCCUUUCUAAGGAGUGCCAAUGCCCUCAACUCAGAAGCCUUAACAAUGUUCCAGGAUGCAGCAACACGGCGCUUAGGGUUUGAUGAAGGUUGUUCUCAAGGAAGUCAGUCCUCUCAAAAUUCCUCACCUUCUGGUUCACCUGGGCCAUGUUCACAUGUUAAUCGGAAAAAUAGUAAUGCUGGUGGGGGUGCUGCAACAACCAGUGGGAACAAUAAAGAAAACAUGGGAACAUAUAGAAGGACAGAUGAUAGAAGUAAACACACUGAAGGAAGAGCAGGAACAAGAAAUGAAGGUGCUUCUGGAAGUGAUGAUGAUAGAUCAUUCAUUGCCACCUAUGGUAGUGAUGAUCAGAGUAAUGUUCACACUUUCCAUGGAAAUUAUCCCUAUGUAGAUGAUACCCAGAGAGGGCAUAGUACCUAUGUAGGAAGGGGUGGUUAUGAAUCUGAUCCCCAUCACCUACCAGAUUCUAGGCCUUCAGGACUGUACCCUUAUGUCACAUCAGGUGAUCUAGGGGUUGGUGGUGCACAAAUUCCACCUCUGAACAGGACUGUGAACAUAUCUAGCUUUAACCCAGAUGCGCUUCAGCAGGAGUCAAGGGCUUAUCUUCAGCAGCUAAAGGAGGAAAGACGAAGGCGUCCUGACCCAGGAGCUAUAUCCAUGUUUGAAUCUCAAACCAAAGCUCAGAAAAUGGCUCCACCUCAAGUAGACCCCAAGCGAAAGAUAUGUUCUUGUAAGUCUCGCAAAACUACUGCUGAGUUCCAAGGACCUUACAGGUGCCCGUACUGUACACCUGUUCAAAAUUCAAAUUUUGGUCAUGCUAAGGAUGUGAAGAAAAGUUCAAACAUGACUCGCAGUAAUAUCCUUGCAGGUACAAAUAAGGAUAAGAAGAAAGUGCUUUACACACCUAGUGCAUCUACCAUUGUGAUAGAAAAACAUAUAACAAGAUAGGGAUUCUUUAGAUAUUAGUUUAUUUUAGCUGCAAGUUUAUUAUUUAAAUGUUGUUAUACUUUGCAACUUUGAAAAGUGUGAUGUAAUUUUUAGAGUGGAUGUUUGUUAAGGAAAUGUAUUUUUAAUGUGUAUUUAUUUUUAUUACUAAAUAUUUUAACUAA